CUUUUUCAAUUUUUGAAGGGGAAACCGAUAGAAUUCGCAAUCACAAUCCUGUUUUCAACACAAAACGGAGUAAUUCUCCGGAGGCGGAGAGAUUAGAAGAUAAACUAUCAACUACCCAUAUUCUCGUCUCUAUCCUUUUUAGUCAAUUCGUAUUUUGUAUGCGUACAUAUGGUACCGAUACCCUUUUGAUAUUUGCGUGUGUUCUUAUCUCUCUUUUCUUCGCCAUUGCCCCAGAGACGUGAUUAUUCCGCUUUUUUCUCCUAAUUGCAUUAUUGACCAUUCUGUUCUUGGCUGAAAGUGAAUCCCAUUCCGGAUCUUCUUGUUCGGGAGUUGAGUUUCUUUGAUUGCCUUGUCUGAUAAAAGGGGUCUGCGUUAAUCUCCUCUUUCCGAUCUUAAGAACCCAGAAGUGUUUGAUUUUCCGGUUAAUCGGAUUGUUUUAAAAUUUUUACAAGGAGCUGAGUAUUUAGAUUCUGGUGGUUUCUGUUAAAAGUAGCCAUUGACUGCAUACGAUCCUUUACCGCGAAGUCUUGAAAGUUCAUCUAUCAGAUUGCUUGAAAAUUAGCUUUGGGAAUCGUUUGGUAUUUUGCUUGAACAUUUUGAGAUAAUUGGAAAGAUGACCAUUGACAAUCUUGCACCGAGGGAGGAGAAGAGGUCGGGCAGGAAGAAAUCUGUGGUGGAUGAGAAAUCUCCUUUGUUACCAUGUAGACAAGAUGAAGGAGCUGGGAUUAAUGAAUUCAGUGGAGCUUCCUUCAGUGGCGCAGUGUUCAAUUUAUCGACCACAAUCAUUGGUGCUGGGAUCAUGGCUUUGCCUGCAAUGGUCAAAGAGUUGGGCCUAUUUGUAGGGAUUACUAUGAUCAUCUUCAUGGCAUUCCUUACAGAGACUUCAAUAGAGCUUUUGCUCAGGUUUAGUCGGCCGAGGAAGUCGGCUUCUUAUGGAGGUUUAAUGGGAGAUGCUUUUGGGAGAUAUGGUAAAAUAAUCUUGCAGAUAUGUGUUCUUGUCAACAACAUUGGUGUUCUUACUGUCUACAUGAUCAUUAUAGGUGAUGUGCUCUCCGGAACUACUGCGGACGGUGUUCACCAUGCUGGUGUUCUUGAAGGAUGGUGGGGUCGACAUUGGUGGAAUGAACGAUUUUUCAUACUUCUAGUUACAACACUUGGAAUCUUUUCACCAUUGGCAUGCUUUAAGAGGAUAGAUUCAUUGAGCUUCACAUCUGCCUUAUCAGUUGCACUGGCUGUGAUAUUUCUUAUCAUUACCAUCGGAAUUUCAGUUUACAAGUUGAUAGAUGGAAGCAUUCAGAUGCCCAGAUUGUUCCCUGAGAUUAUUGAUGUGUCAUCGUUCUUGAAGCUAUUUACGGCUGUCCCGGUGGUCGUUACUGCCUAUGUAUGCCAUUACAACGUUCACAACAUAAGCAACGAACUGGAGGAUCCUUCACAAAUAAAGCCAGUUGUACGAACUUCCAUUGGUCUGUGCUGUUCUGUUUAUGUUAUGACCAGCAUCUUCGGCUAUCUCCUUUUCGGUGAAGGAACUCUGUCGGACGUACUUGCGAAUUUUGAUGCUGAUCUUAACAUUCCCUUUGGUUCUGUGUUUAAUGAUGCUGUCCGUGUUAGCUAUGCAGCACACCUGAUGCUUGUAUUCCCAAUCGUGUUUUACCCGUUGAGAGUUAACUUGGAUGGCCUCCUCUUUCCAUCCGCUCGACCAUUGGUUCGAGACAACUUGAGAUUUUCGCUGAUCACAGUCUCGCUUGUUACUCUCAUAUUCUUGGCAGCAAAUUUCAUUCCCAGUAUCUGGGAUGUCUUCCAAUUUACUGGUGCAACUGCGGCUGUGUGCAUUGGAUUCAUAUUCCCUGCUUCUGUUGCUUUGAGGGAUUCGCACUGUAUAGCGACGAAAAGGGACAAGGUGUUGGGUAUCUUCAUGAUUGUGCUUGCAGUUUUCUCAAACAUCAUUGCCAUAUACAGCGAUGCGUACGCUUUGUUCAAAAAGGACUCCUCGCCCCGAGACUGAUCGAUCGUGACGCGUGGGAGAAAGAUUGCGACGCAGCAUCUUCAGCCAAGAAACCUCAGUCCUUGCGAAGCCAGAUUUUCAAUCUGUUGAUUUGGAAAUUGAAGGUUUUGGGUAGGAGUUGAGUUAAAAAAAUAACGAGAUGAAUGUGCAGUUGUGUUGGAUGUUAUUUGGGUUGUUGUGAUAGUGUUAGUGCAUUGGGUACUCUUAUCAUUUUCAUUUAUUUGUGUAUUGUAGUUCCUUCUCUUCUUAUCUGUAAUAAACAUGGUGGAACUUUUGAAACCCAUGCAUGUUGCGCACGCACGUUUAAGCGUGGCCAUUGUUUUUUGUUUCUGUGCAAAGGAGUGUCCUCCUAUGCUUUGUUUUUAAAA